ACUCAGCUCCAUUAGGCAUCGGCCGCAAAGUCCACCGAGAAAACGUUAAAUCCGUUAUUAAAUCAUUCACGGCACAUUUACAUUGCUUGGGUUCCCACUCCAAUUCAGCUUCACCCACACGUGUCGGUCAGUGUCACCGACUAAUCCCGACGAUAUAACACAAACUUCUGCAAGAAAACUUUCAGUAUUGGGUUAACUCCAAUGGAAUCCCCAUUCAUUCAUUCAUUCUCUUCUCGAUACAAACAAAAGUAAAAAAAACACUUCUUUGUUGUUCGAAAGCCUAAAGAAGCAGAAGCAGAAGCAGAAGCAGAAGCAGAAGCAGAAAAGGGGUUUUGUUCAAGAAACGAAUCAAUACUACUAAUCGUUUUAGAGAUGAUUGUUGGUCAAAAUAUGGGAGCAGAAGCCGACAUCAUUUACCGUCACCAAGCUGUCGAUGUUAUGUCCAUUUCCACCGAAGUUUCUCGCUUCGAUUCGGUUGCAACUUGCGCUGGGACCAUCGGAGAUGCUGUUAUUGAGUCAUCUGUUGUCAAAUUUGUGCCAAGGAUUCGUUCUGGCAGCUGUGCUGACAUUGGUCCGCGGAGAUCUAUGGAAGAUGAACACAUAAGGAUUGAUGAUCUAUCUUCCCAUCUGGGUUCUAUGUUUAAGCCUUCGAUACCAAGUGCUUUCUACGCUGUUUUUGAUGGUCAUGGUGGUGCUGACGCAGCUACUUAUAUCAAGAGGAAUGCUACAAGGUUAUUUUUUGAAGAUUUUGAUUUGUCACAAGUAUCUGAGAUUGAUGCUGUUUUCUUAAAAGAGUUGGAGGAUUCUCAUAGGAAAGCAUUUUUGCUGGCAGACCUUGCCUUGGCUGCUGAAAGCAGUGUUAGCAGUUCUUGUGGAACAACAAUGCUGACUGCUCUAGUGCUUGGUAGGCAUUUACUGGUUGCAAAUGCUGGUGAUUGCCGAGCUGUUCUCUGCCGAAAAGGUGUUGCACUUGAAAUGUCUCAAGAUCAUAGACCUUGUUACUUACCUGAACGCAAGCGAGUUGAGGAUUUGGGUGGCUACAUUGAUGAUGGGUAUCUUAAUGGUUAUCUCUCAGUCACACGAGCUCUUGGAGAUUGGGACUUGAAAUUUCCUGUCGGAUCACCAUCACCUCUGAUUGCAGAGCCAGAUGUUAGACAGAUUGUGUUAUCAGAGGAUGAUGAAUUUUUGAUCAUUGGUUGUGAUGGCAUUUGGGAUGUAAUGCCAAGCCAGUUUGCUGUCAGUUUUGUUCGCCGUGGUCUAAGGAGACACAAUGACCCAGAAGAAUGUGCCAGAGAAUUAGUCAAUGAAGCAUCACGCCUGAAUUCAUUAGAUAAUCUCACUGCAAUUAUUAUCUGCUUUUCUUCCCCUGCUCGUGUUGAGUCAUGUCCACCCCAACAGCGAAGGUUCAGGUUUUGCAAUCUCUCUAAGGAGGCUAGGAAUAAGUUGAAGAGCUUGUUAGAAGGCAAUUGAAUGUACGUACAAAUUAUUUCUCGUUUAUUUACUGUGUUACUCCUAGAAAAUGUUGCAAUCUGUUUCUGGCUGUUUCAGAGAGUUUAGAAAAAGCAGCGAGCAGUUUUGUAGGUGUGAGAGAGUGCAAAAUAGGGGUAUGUCUUAUGUUAUGAUGUCUGGUGGUGUAACUACAUUGAGGGAUUAUUUUUAAUUGCAAUGUGUCCUUGUUCACUGCAAAAAUGGAGUUAUAACUUUGAUCACAUCCUUCUCCGAAAGGUGGGUUGAUUAGUGUCCUUGUUCUUGCUCACUUUCCUCCUCGUAGAAGCAUUUGGUAUAAU